GCUGUCCGGGCGUCUUGCGGUACUAGGGUCUCGGGUAGGCGGGCCUGGGCUCGGGUCCGCGUGCACGAGGGGCAUUUUCGCGGACGAGUGAAGGGGUGGUGGCCGCAGGUAGGCAGGGCAGUCGGUAAGCCGCCGUUGGGUGGCUGUUCACCACGUAUUUUCGUCGGCGGGCGGACUGCGAGCUGCGUGGCGCCAUGGCCGUCGAGUGGGAGAGUAAGCAUCUCCGGCUGUACCUGCGAGCCCUGGGCUUCGACAGGACGGCCGGCAUCAGAGGCCUGCAACCGAGAAAGGACAUCUUUUGUAACAGAAGCAACAGUGGGUUUCAUGCCAUUGUCCUCUUCUUGUUUACUAAGCUGGAUCCGGCCCGUGCAGCAGAAACAUUCAGAGGCUGUCACUUUCUGGUAGGAGGCUUUACAAAUCCUGAAUUUAGGAAAAAGUGCUGUAAGUGGCUAAAAGAAAUUUUGAAAGAACACCGAGGCUGUUUUCCACAAAUUACACCUUCUGCACUUAUGGUUCCUGCUGGUCCUAAAUUUAUCCACCUAUUGUAUCAGUUUGCAAGACGUGUAGUGGUUGAGAACAUGAAAAUUAACUCUGUAGGCACUGAUAUACCUUUUGCUGAAGCUGUAGAGUUGAUGCCCAAGGAUACGUACAUGGCAAAUGCAAGAUGUAGAGUUGCAUACAAUAAACUUCUGCAGAUUUUGCAAAAGGAAGAUUUUGUUAUUCAAGAAUAUGAGAAGAAAGCACAAUCUUUAAUUGAAGAAAUAAACCAGAUACAGUCUGAGUAUACAGCCCUGCAGAUACAGUUUUACAAGAUGAAACAAAAUGACCAAAACAAAAAUAACAGAACUGAGAGAAUUCAAAAGGUCCGUAGUAUGUGGACAUGUAUAAUGGAAAUGCUUGCAUCUCUGCAAAAGGAAAAGGCAGUUGUAGAUUCUGUACUUACUGUACUCAGAAGUGGUAGUCGUCGGUGCAUUUUAGAUGGAACUAAUGCUGUUGUCAGAGUUCCACAGCUGUUGGCUCACAGAGUUGAAAGUCACGUGCACCAGGUUUGUAUAGGAAAUGUAUAUGAAGCUGAAAAACUGAAUUUCUUAACAGUCAUUCAGUUAUUAAAUGAAGCCCUGAGGAUAUUGAGAGAUGAACAUUGUCAAGCUGAAUUAAAACAAGAAAUUCAGGUCACUGAGAGGAAGAUUAUGCUCCACAGAAAAGCACUACUGAGUUUGCAGGCAAACAGGAUAAAAGUAGAGCAACAGCAUUGUGUGUUGAGUGAAUCUGUUUCUAGAGAACAGGAAGACUGGGAAGUGAAGUGGAAAAGCUUUCUUGGCUCCUUGUCUCCUUUGAAUUUAAACUUAGAUUCAGAACUUGGUCCAUCAGAAGCUUUGCAAGCCCAUUGUUUUAGUCUUGCAGAGGAAAAUGAGGAUAGUAUCUUUCAUCGGCCUCUAGUGUCAGUUCCAGAUGUUCGUGACUCUAAUCAUGGAAAAUGUGGAGAGAAAGAUGAUGGAGCAUUGGAAACUAUGAUGGAUAAGUUAAUGCCACCACCAAGAUGCCCCUUGCCCCCAGGGAUCUCUUCAGUGCCUUUGGAGUUGUCAAAAGUAUCUGAAAACAGAGACAUGUUAAUUGAAAAGAGCUUGCAUAUGCAAACUUGCAAGGGAGAAAAAAAACCUGUGCCUCUGAAGAUGUUAAAAAAUGGAAAGGAUAAGCCUGUCAUUUCAGAAAUGUGGGAGAAUGCAGGUGGUCGUGUUACCCAGAUGGAGCCUUCUGCCAAAAAAGACGACCUUCUUGAGAGAGCCAGAGAUGAACUGGCAGAAGAGGUUGCAAAAAGAGUGGUAUCUGAGUCACCUCAGAGUACUGAAGGAAAAGAAAUGGCAUUAGAGGAUCUUAUUAGCUCACUGGCUUUUAACCCAUUUUUAACAAGGAAACAAAUUCCCCGAACUCCAGAAAAUCUGCUUACUGAAAUUAGAAGCUCAUGGAGAAAAGCUAUCGAGACUGCAGGCUCAUCAGAUAUAGAGCUGGCCCCAACUGAAGUAAUGGUAGAAGCUCCAAUGGAUGCUCAGACUAUAAUGCAGAAGGCAUCAGACUCUAGAUUAGUGUGCUCUAUCGCUGCAUCUGCUGUACCUGACUUGGAUCCUCCCUUGUCAGAAAGGAAGUUGCAGUUAAGUUCUACAGAAUUUAGACUUCAAGAGCAGAUGAGGAUCAUUGAAUCUCCACUUUUGGAAACAUGUGGUAUGCGAGAGAGAGAGAGAACUGAAGAACAGGAAUUAAAAUGUAUUGUUUUGAACCAAAGUUUAGUAGAAGAUCCAGUAGUACAGACUCUUCAAUAUGUAAAGACAAACAUGAACACUCCAGAUAUUUGUUCAGAAAGCAAUAGUAGAACGAAUGCUCUACCUUCAGACCACUUUUGGGGUUCCUUAAAGGAUGGGAUACUGCACUGGAAUUUAUCUUCAUUGUUAAGUUCUGUCAGUCAUGAAGCUGCCAGCUUGGGGAUAUUGGAUGAGACAUUUCCAGAAGAACUUUGUAGCAUAGAUCCCGACAAAUCUACAAGCAUAGACUCUGAUUUUGAUGUAAGUGACAGCAUAUAUGUAACAGGUGCUUCAGAAAAUAGGAGUGGUAUUAAAAAAUCAAAUCUAGAUUUACAGUCCCUGUUAAACAGGUAUAAAAUGCUGAAAAAGACUGCAUCUAGAAGUGAAGAGGAGCUGCAUCAAACAUAUGAUGAAGGUGAAUCUGUGAGUUGUACAUUAGACCUAAGUCUUGCAUCAGAAAAGAGAGAAAAAGAUAAAUUGUCCAAUCCACCAGAAGUUUUCUGCUUGGAUGAAGAAUUUACCAGGAGUCCAUCUCCAAUAUCUCUUAAUGAAAGAAAAUAUUCCUUGUCAUCUUUGCUGGUGCCCUAUCCACAUCUGGACAAAGCGGCAUCAAUUGUACAUGAAAUCCCAUUAAGCUUCAUACAUAAAUUGAAAGAUAAAGAGCUGUUGAAUGAGAACCCGGGUGGGAAGGAAUCAUCAUCAGGAUAGAAUUUGUACUCCAAGAGCAUAACCGUAAUAGCACUACAUGCUUAAGUGAACCAUAAGUGCAUCUUUUUCAGGCACUGCCUAGAUGGAGGAGUGUCCCUCCAUUCUAUUUUUGCAGAAACUGUAUUCCAGUCUCCUUUAAGAGUGUCAGCUGCCUGUUCUGGUUCUUCCAAUUUUAUGUCAUCCAGAGUAUCAUUUUGUGUAGCCCAUAUUUCAUGUACAGAACUAUCAAUAGCAGAUGUUGAGUAGGUGACAUGAUCCUAUAAAAUGGAAAGACAAAGUCUCAAAAUGGGAAAUGGUAAAAUCUUUGGAGUCUCUAUCUUGCCCCUAAUCCUCCCCACCCUGCCAAAAAAACCCAACCAAAUUUUGUAUUGGAUUCUUCUCUCCUUUUGAGACUUCUGGUUGACAUUGCCAUCGGCUCUACUGCUUGAUAGAGGCUGCCGUCUUCUUAUAAACUUCCACUGAAGUGCCUGUUUCUUUAGGCAUAUUACUGAGUAAAUGUUUUAUGCUAAAGUUGUAAAAAAUUAUGACUUGUGGUUAAUGCUACUUUAUUUUCAAAUAGUUGAUAUAUAUUUAUGACAUAGUGGUGUAAGUGAUAAUAUUGCUUAUGGUGGGGUGGGAAUGUAAAAGUUGAAGUUACAGUGGAUAAACUUACUGUAAAAGUACCGAACCCUUAACCUGAUGUGGUUACAGAGUUUUGAAGCAUUGCUAGGUAAAGUUGUUUUUCUGUUGUGGUUUAUCUUUCUCCUCCUUCCAAAACAGUUGCAAAUAGGUUUUAAGAAGAAUCUCCAGCUGUAUUUGACAUCUGAUAAAGCAGAAUUUGACAAGCCUUAUAAAAAGAGAUUUAUGUGGCUGAUUGUGGCAACUCUGAUGUGGCUGCUAACAUGUUAACAGCUAAGAAGCACUUCUUAAUAGGCCCUUUACGUGUUGAUCUAAUCAUGGUCAAACAGCUAGAGAAUAGAAAGGUCUGACAGCUAUUGGCUGUCUGGAACAAGGCCAGCUAUGUUCCUUGCAGACCUGGACUCUAGACCUUGGUGCUGGUGACUUCACAAAGGUUCCCCGGGUGACUGUCAAGCCUUUCAUGCUCUGGUUAGAAGACACUUGAAAGCAGGACCACAGAGCUCUGGUUGGGACGUUACCAGAGGAACCUGGACAUGCUCCUCCAGGGAAGGAGCCAGUCCGCUGGAAUGUGUAGUGCAGUCGGUACCAGUAGUGUGUGCUUUUUCACUGCUUCUGGAGGUUCCUGGAUCUUCUGACACAAGUGUCUGCAGGGACUGCUGCUGAAGAGUGUGGUUUUUUGGUGGUGGGUUUUUUUUGUUCUGCUAUAGAGCGUCUGCUGGGAAAGACCUGAUCCAUACUGUUUGUUUUUUUUAGCAAACAUGCCUCCUAUAUCCCCUGUACCUUUGCAUGCAGUUCCAUCCUUGAAGUGUGUUUGUCAACUGUGCUCCUGUGGGUAUGUAAAAGAGGCUGGGGGAAGGAGCUUGGAGUAGUCCUUACUUGGCUAGCCAGAUGCACUGCUCGUUAGGGCCACACUGUUAAUUACUGCUGUAAGUUCCGUAUGUAAAACUAUAAAUAAAGGUAUUUUAGGGCAUUGUUAAAGAUUUAAAAAGAAGUUUUCCCUCCAUUCUGCCUAUCCAACCAUGUGGUUCUUGUUUUUGUCAUAGGAGUAAAUAAAUGGCAGGGAGGCUUCCCAUUUCUCUUAGGUAGGUGGACUGCGUCUAUAAGAGUGUGGCCAAAAAGUUGAAAAGCAAUCUUGCUUUCAAAUGGGUGUUACUGGCUUUGAGUCUGUGUUUUAGUGUGAUACAAAGUGAUACUUCCUCUGUAAACAUGCUAAUUAUGGGAAACCACAGGACUAGAGCUUUACAAAUAGAAGUGAUGACUGAAAAUACCAAGAUUCAUUAGCAGUUUUGUUAGUGUCAGUCUUGUAAAUGUAUGGAAACUUCUCUUGAAAGCAAUGAUUAGCUUGAGGCCCUUCAGCAUAAUGUCCAUUCUCCCAUAUUUGCAGGUUAAGAAUAAAAAUAUUAUUAGGGGAAAAAAAAUUGACUCGUUCAGAUUACAUGCCUUAGUUUGUUUUAAAGCUACUAAAUAAUUAUGAAGAGUACAGAAUUCCUGCCCAGAGUUUAUAUCCAGCUGGUAUGCGUUUUUGUUAUUCAUCAUGAGUAAUAAGCACAUGUACUCAGAAAGAAAACCAGGAGAAAUGUUGACACCAAGGAGAAUAUAAACUGUAUUUUUUGAGUACUUUUAUCAAACUCUCUAUUUGUAAGGUACAAGUUCAUAUGGUCUCUCCAUUCCUCACUCUCUAUGUAUCAUUACUUUUAAGCGGUAUUUAUAUUUGUGCAUUUGAUGAACACAUCAUGUUAAUGGAAAUGUGAGAAGAGUAACAGUGAUUUGAUUAUUGUGUUAGAGGAUUGUGCUAUCAAGGACCUAAACAUGUACCAGUAAGAUCUUGAUUGAGAAGGAUCCUCUAGCUCCAAGUAAUGUACUAAAGUAUAGGUCUGUCUUUGAGGCUUGCAUUAAUCUUUCAGGUGCUAGAUGAGCUAUAAGGGUAGCUGAAUCCUACGGAUGUAGAUAAUAUAUUGAUCAUGGCCUGUCUUAAGAAAAAUUAAACUGGAUUUUGAGUUGCUACUGCA